AGAUCCACAUUCUCCCUCCUACCUCUUGGUCUCCUCCUCUUAUACAGCCCAAAUGAACCGAAACUUCUGACGUUUAUUAGCCUUUACCUCAUAACUAUUGACAAACAAUUCACUAUGGUGGCCCAGACCAGGACCGGUGGGCAGGCAUCGCCCAAGAAACUCCAAUUCCGGGAGAAGCUUGUCGGAAAGGGACUGUCUACAGAUGCUCUUCAAAAGAAACUAAAAGCUCUUCACAAAGAGCUCUCUGAGAUGGACCAGGAACACGUCGAUACCAAGUCCCUCUCAUCGGUACGCAAGGAACUCAUCAACAACUCAAUCCUACACCAUAAAGAUCGCGGCGUGAAAGCUUAUGCUGCAUGUUGUCUUGCCGACCUCCUCAGACUCUAUGCACCAGAUGCACCAUAUACCCAACCAGAGUUGCGCGAUAUUUUCGAAUUCUUCUUCAGGCAGCUCUCGACUGGCCUCAAAGGAUCUGACUCACCGUACUACAACGAAUACUUUCACCUCCUAGAGUCUCUGUCCACCGUAAAGAGCGUCGUCCUUGUUUGCGACCUGCCCUCUGCAGACACACUCAUGCCUGAGAUCUUUCGGAACAUCUUUGGUAUCGUGCGACAUGAUCUGGCAAGAAAGAUCGAGAUCUUCAUGGCGGACAUCCUUAUUGCUCUGAUCGACGAAAGCCAGAGCCUGCCUGAUGAUGUGCUAAGCUGUCUCAUGUCUCAGUUUAUGGAGAAGAAUGCUGGUAUGGAUCAGCCAGCAUAUAGACUCGCUGUUAGUGUCUGUCGGGAAACAACAGACAAACUUCAACGGCAUGUCUGCCAAUACUUCACGGACCUUAUCGUGUCACACUCCGAAAACGAAGACUACGAGCAAAUUGAGAAGGCACACGAACUCAUAAAACAGCUCAAUCGCUCAGUUCCUGCCUUACUGCAUAAUGUUGUCCCGCAAUUGGAAGAGGAGCUCCGUGUGGAGGAUACGCAGUUGCGCAUUAUGGCCACCCAAGUACUCGGUGAGAUGUUCUCAGACAAGGGUGGUGCAGAUUUUGUGAAAAAGUAUCCUACAACGUGGAAUUUCUGGCUACAUCGGAAGAACGACAAAGCUUCUCUGGUCAGAUUGGCAUUCGUUGAGGCUGUCAAGGGAGUUCUAAUCAAUUUGCCUGACAUGCGCGAGCCAAUAGAAGAUGCACUAGGCGCAAAGCUGCUAGACCCCGACGAGAAGGUCAGAGCAGCUGUCUGCAAGCUCUACUCCCAGUUGGACUAUGAAACGGCGUUACAUCACGUCUCUGCCGAACAGCUCAAAGCCGUUGCAGGUCGUGGACUUGACAAGAAGCGUUCGGUCCAGGUCGAAGCCAUGGCAGCUGUCGGCCGCUUAUAUAGCAUUGCAUAUCCUGAGAUUGAGAAUAACGACCCAGCUGCAAUCCAACACUUCGCAUGGAUACCUCAGGCAGUCCUACAUAACGCCAUGGCAACACCGGAAGUCAAAGCUAUUGCAGAACAAGUCUUGGAUGAGUAUAUUCUGCCCCUCCCACAACUGGCUUCGGCGGAUGAAGUGGCGUGGACGGACAAGCUCUUGUUCAUCAUGAAGUUCCUUGAUGAGAACGCGAUCAACAUUUUGCUAGCUCUAUCUGGUAUAAAGACAUCCCGACCAACGCCCUACGAACGAUUCCUCCAAUGCUGCAUAGAGAACAAUGGUGGCGUCAUUGACGAAAAUGAAGAGACGAUUACCGCAAAUCUCAAUGCGAGUAUCAAGAAGCUUGCAGCAACCUUCCCAGAUGCUCACAAAGCAUCGGACGACUUCCAGACGUUUGCCAAAGCCAAUGAGAACCGUCUUUAUAAGCUGCUUAAGAUCUGCAUGGAUCCACAGACGGAGCUCAAGACGCUGAUCAAGUCUUUCAAUGAAUUCCUCCGCCGGGUCGAGCAAUCCCAUUCCAGCAUUCUCUCUACCAUGACUCUCUUCCUCCGCCGUUCUUCUCUGCGAAUCGUAAACACCUCUUCAAUACCCACCCUAAUCAAACGUGUACACAAAGGUUCAGAUGGAAACGGGGCUGCACAUUCACAGCAUUCUCAUGUAGCCCAUAACGCACAAACCUGGUUGACAUUCAUUUCGAAGCAUUACCCCGCAUUGUACAAGUUGCAUAUCGGGGAGUUAUCGAAGGGGAUUUCGGAUGAGAAGAAUGCAAGACUGGUGGAGGUCUGCUUGCAAGCGAUGGCUGCUGUUUCGGCAUGGGAUGAGAAACUCGCGCCUGCUGAUAAGAAAACCACGGAACGGUUGAUGCGUUUCGUCAUGGGUUCAAACCACCGGCAUGCCAAGUUCUCUGCGCGGCUUCUGGCUUUGUCCAAGAACCAUGAAGAGGUGUGUGCGGAGGUUGUCGAGUCUAUCGCAGAAUCCUUGCCUGAGGCGGAUGCAGACCAGCGUGUCGCGCAUAUUGCCGUGUUAUCGCAGUUGGCGUUAAGAGCACCCGACGCGUUCGAGCUGCAAAGCGAUGUGAUUACAGCAUUCCUGCUAAAGAAAGUCUUGAUGGCGGGUAACGCUGCAGACCCAAACGCGAUGGAUACUGAUGAAGAAUGGCUUGAAGAUGCGGACCUAACACCCGAGCUAAGAGCAAAGAUAUUCGCUCUGAAGACAUGUCGGAACAGAUGUCUCGCACACGCCAGCGAUGAAAAUGCGCUGGAUAUCGCCAAACCGGUUCUCAAGAUGUUCACCACGUUGAUUCAGAACUCGGGUUCAUUCACAGAGACUGCUCAAGAUGAUCCGAAGAUCAAGAGUCGUUUACGACUACAGGCAGCUGUAUCUCUACUACACCUUGCAUGCGUACAUUCGUUUGCCCAGGCAAUCAGUUCACACUUCCUGCAAUUGGCCAUCAUACUCCAAGAUCCCUGCUAUCAAAUACGCAUGGCAUUCUUAGUCAAGCUCAUUGCGCUUUUGUCUGCUCAGAAGCUCCCUCACAGUUAUACUGUGAUUCCCUUCCUGUCCGUCCAUGAUCCAGAGGCAGACGUAAAGACGAAGGCAAAGGCUUUCAUUUCGUUCGCUGUCCGCUCAAUGCCCAAACCUCUCCGACUUGCUGCGUUCGAAAUGAACUUUGUCCGCAUCCUCCAUCUCUUAGCCCAUCACCCUGAUUUUGCGGUGACAUCAGACAGCCUACCUGAUAUUGCCAAGUAUAUCGAGUUCUUCCUGGAACUUGUUGCGUCAGCCGACAACGUUUCACUCUUGUUCCAUCUCGCGGUGAAGCUGAAGACGGUCAGGGAUUCUGAGUCUCAUGCUUACAGUGAAAAUCUCUACGCAGCAAGCGAACUAGCUCAGCACCUAAUACGAGCACGAGCCAAGCAGCACAACUGGACAGUUGAAAGCUUCCCUGGCAAGGUGAAACUGCCAGGUGAUAUCUUGCGGCCACUUCCAAACGCAGAAGCAGCUAAGGAGAUUGUCAAGACUGUCUACCUACCUGAAGAGACGCUAUCGUGGCUGGCGGAGAAAGCGAAACCUCCAAAACACGAUGCGAAAGAUAAAACUAAAGUUCCGGCCAAACGGAAGGCUGCUUCGAAAACGAACGGUAAUGCAAAACGGCCGCGGACAAAGGGCAAGAAGCGCAAAACUGAGGAGUCCUCGGACGAAGAGUCCUUACCUUCAGAUUCUGAGGAGGAUGAAGCUGAAAGUGACGCCGGCCGUUCGUCCGUGCAUGAACCGCCAAAGUCUUCAGAUGAUGAAGGUGAACCAGAGGAGGCGGAACCAACAGAAGAACGAUUGGGACGCGGUGCACGAACGCGAGCGAAGGCUCGUAUCAAGCAGCAAGCGAAACGAAGUUCCAAAAGUAAAACUAAAGCACCUGCUUCUGAAGAUUGAGCCUCUUCCUUUCUCUUCCUUUCCAUCAUUCUUUUCUCGGAGUGCUCUUGCUGCAUUUGAUUGAUCUCUUAUGCUAUCGUUGCUAUUUCUUUGCAUUCUGCUCACAUUUCCGGGCCAUCGACUUGUGUAUCUUUCUACAUCAUUUUACAUGUGUGCUUGUAGCUAUGAUGAUUUUGACUGGUGUUCUUUUUUUUUGGGGGGGGGAUAUAUCAUGUAUGUCCCAAUGAUGUGCUAAGGGUCCGUCCUGGGCGCAUGUUCCUGUCACAACUAUUCUACCAGCUUCACUACAGGUGUAACUGGCAUACGGGAUCACCAAUGCGCUUUUGUGUUGUUCCGAGCAUCGCUGCUGGAGGACCGCGCCACGAAUGCAGUUCUUCUCUCUAUUAGGGUUUACAAUCCGGAGAUGCUGGAUUGGGCUGUUGUUUUAGUCAAGACAACGGUACUCGUGUCGAAGGGCCUCUGAUAAAUACUCUUAUAAAUGUAGCGAUGUGCCAUAAGUUG